ACGGUACUGACAACUAUCAAUGCACCUGGAAAGUUGGCAGUAUCCUCUGAGCUAUGGUUGUGGCAUCCUUUAGAACAUAGACAUCCUUGGUGAGCAACCUCCGCCUCUGAGCCAGCUGAGAGGGAAUCUUUCAAGGACGCGAAGCGACAUGGGUGAUCUCUGAGCCUCGAUCUGCUAUUUCCCCCAAAGUUCAAGGUUAUUAUCUUGGGUCAUCCUCCAUGGAACGCUUGAACUGUCACUGGGAUAUCAAAACCAUUAUGAGAGCGAGGAUGAGACUUACGGACGGGCCUGAGAUAUGGGCCGUUCCUUCAUGGCAUUCGAGUGACUCUGGCAGUGCAGACACGCGUUCAUCGUCUAUAUCACCACGGUACAAAAACAUUUGUACACGGGUCCACUCGUGAUGCGAG